UUUAUCUGCCUAGUAUUCUAUAGUCUGUAUGAGCGCAUUUUCAAACAUAUACAACAGAGCACGUCUUUCAGAUGAAUACUAUUUUGAGAUCAUUCACAGUCAGACACAGUCCAGCAAUCUGUUCAGGUCGACAUUGUUGGCGACACGCUUAUACGACCAUGGCAAAUCCCGCUGUUGCUGAGACAGAACCAACUGCGAAUGGCGAACAUGUUAGGCCACUCUCCCUCGCAAUUCCGGAGACCGAAGACGAUAUGGAUAUUCGCCGGAAAUAUCGCCCAUUUAUCCGUGACGAUGCAGAGGACGACUGGGUCAGCGCCUUGGAGUUGACCAGGGUUCUCGAUAUGGCAGAGAAUAAUCUCCGGUUAACAAAUAAAAGACUCAAAAUCCUCGUACUAUACGGCAGUCUACGCAGAAGGUCUUACUCAAAGCUCGUCGCAUUCGAGGCUUGUCGGAUUCUGUUCCGUUUAGGAUGCGAUGUGCGCGUCUUUGAUCCGGAGGGAUUACCGGUGAAAAAUGAUGUCGAUCACGGUCAUGCAAAAGUACAGGAGCUUCGUGCAUUGAGUACAUGGAGUGAUGGACAACUCUGGGUUUCGCCUGAGCAGCAUGGUAAUCUGACCGCCGUUUUCAAGAACCAAAUUGACUGGAUACCUUUAAGUACUGGAAGUGUACGUCCAACGCAAGGUCGGACACUUGCCAUUGCCCAAGUGUGUGGUGGUUCACAGUCAUUCAAUGCAGUAAACUCCUUACGCAUCCUUGGUCGCUGGAUGCGGAUGUUUACGAUUCCGAAUCAAUCCUCGAUACCCAUGGCAUAUACACACUUUCCGGAUGAAGGGCAACCGGGAGACCAGCGACUCAAAUACAGCAGUAAUCGUGACCGUUUGGUAGAUUGCAUGGAGGAAUUUGUCAAGUAUACGAUUCUGAUGCGUCCUCAAAUCGACCUCUUCGGUGACCGGUACAGCGAACGGGAGGAGAAAAGGAUUAAAGAAGCGAAAAGUAAGGCAUAAUCGGUUGAUUAUGAUGCCGUAGCCGCUUUUAAUACUCCACAAGACGCGGGAAGGCAUAUCUAUUUAGGGCAUCACAUGAAUAAAAAGAACAUAGAAUGAUAGACUAGAAUGCUUUCACGUGCAUGCCAAACACAAAUGCUAUUUUUGACUAAGACCAACCUAACCAUACCUAGUUAAUUGUGGGUAUAAAAGCAUGCAACACCAGCAUUUUGUCGUGUGAUGGAUAGUCAGGCAUAACAGGACACU